AUGGGAUCUGCCAUAUCAACAACACAAUCACUUAACGUGACUAAGAAAACAGCCCGUUCUACGAAUUAUGUAACAGCCAAGAGUGCUACUUUUGAAGCUCAAUCGAUAGCAAAUCCAACCACCUCGAUAGGCAAUUUUAAUAUGAUCACCUCGUCAAUAGAGUCAGCUCCAGCAAGCACUAAUAUUAAACAAUCACCAUCAAAGAAAAGACUCUCGCGGCGAUUGUUAAACUCUUCAAUGAAGAAACAACAUACAGAUGUCGACUUUAACACACUAGAACAGAACUUGGCAUCAAAAGAUUACGGUAAUAUGGAAGAUUAUGCACUGACAUCACCAUCUGACCUGAAAUGUUUAAAUACCAAAUCUCCAACAUUGAAGAGAUACUGUAAAUCAUUCGCCAAGACUCAAAUUUCACUAUGCCCAAUGCCUCUUCCAUCUAUACACCAAGGAUUCGAUGUGUCGUCAUCUCAUGAAGAUGAAUUACAAACCAAUUGUGAAUCCAUUGUAUCAUCAUUUAGAUCUAAUUCCACCUCCUCCUCUUCCCUUCUCUCUUCCCAACAAUCGAGUCCUAAUUUCUCAGGUUCCAUGCUAAAAAGAAUGGAGCUUGACACAUACAUUGUACACAAGCAAAGAAUUGCUGGGAGUGAGGUGCGAGACUUGAAAACCUAUCACUUCCCUUAA